AUGAGCGUUCUUACAGACUCGCCUGACGAACAAGAACUGGCUGUGGUGCCCUACGAUGAGGUGGAAAUCCUGAAUUAUUUCACGGACGUCAGAAACUUGUUGUCACGGCUCAAGCAGGAUCGGAAUCAAUACCUGAAUUCUAGGGAUGUAAUGGCAACAUACCAAGCUGUGCUAACCAAAGUGCGACUUUUGGACCAGGUCCGUAAGCAGAGGCAUGGCGCCGAGGACACUACGGGGGGCUUUACGCUCAUCCACUCCGCAGCGCUCCAUAACAGGGUUGACUCUGUUCUAGAUGAUGUUUUCCAGCUGCUCUCGCUAAGCUUCCUUACAGUGGGGCUCAAAAACACCGCACCGGCGACGUACGCGUCUCUGAGCACCGUGCAGCGCCUUUUGGAGCAUAUGGAGGAGGCCAAUGUGUAUACGUAUAGCGACCUGCGGCCGAUUAAGGAGAGGUUAGACGAGAUAGGCGAGAUAGUGGAGAAAAACAGCUACAUGAGUAUGGUGGAAGACGAAGCCCCUCUAGACGAACUGGCCGAGGAAAAGCGUCUGAAUAAGCUUGAAGAGGAUUUACUAGUCCGUGCGAAGCUGCAGCACUGCGUAGACAGCUAUCAGAAGGUUAAGUCAAAGCCGGCGACCAUUCCGCCUGAGCUGCAGCCUCUCAGCGAUAAGCUGUUCCAUAUCCGGCGCGAAUUGCUUUCGCUAGCGGCCUCUGCAAAGACGGACAGGGCCGCUGGAGAAGGCUCGACUGAGCGUAGCACUACGCCCGCCUCCCCAAAUACCCUUGCCAGCCGACUAAAAGACCUUGAGAGCAUGAUUUUGGAGGUUGAGUCACAUAGGGAUGAUUCCGGAAAAUUCAUCUCCCCCGAUGACCCAGAUACGGUCCCACAAAAGGGUCAAUCAGCGCUUAAUGGGUUGCUAGAUGACUGCCGCAACCUGUUCGGAGACUUAUCUCACCAGACAAGUGGUGUACUGCACUUAGACCCGCAGCUCCAGCCAAUAUAUGAGGAACUGCUCGAGAUUAAGACCACUCUCGAGAAUCUGCUUGUCACGAGAAGGUGGACGCUGAGGGAAACUGAUCUUUUUGCCUACCAGAAGCGGCUUGCAGAGCUGGACAACCUACGAGUAAACCGCAAAUCGCCGUCCAGCUCGUCAGCUUCCAAGGGUCAGGCGCUAAUUUUGUAUCUCUUGAGGAGAUGUUACGCAACCAUCUACAAGCUGCUGGAGUCCAGUGAGCCCGUGUCCGAGUCGCUGCAAAAGAUCCAUAACCAGCUUUCCACCGUGCGCCGAUGCUUGUUUGAAUUGAAAAGAAUGGGUGGGGUCGACAGCGAGCGGGAUCUCUAUCCAUACCAAAUGAAACUGGCCUCAUUGGAUAACAUGCGUGUCGACGGGAAGUUUUACGAUGCAGACGGUAACAUACCAGAGGGGCAAGGCACCCUGAAUGCGCUCCUGGCCGAAUGCUUCGACAUACUGCACGAAAUGAAAAUCGAAGCAGAGGUAAGGGAGGAGCAGCUCCCCCAGGUCAACGAAGACGACGCCGGGGAAUACAACUCGUCGCCCUGCAUAGAGAUGACCAAAGAUCCCACCGACCGCGACGUGGCCGCCGACACAAGCUCCACCUCCCGAUACCUAUCCGUGCAAGCGGCCGACAACGACGACAACGACGACCUUUCAGCUCACUACAGCGAGCACAGUUACGAGGAAGAAGAAACUAGAAAUACAUACGACUGA